AAUGUCGCGGCCGGUCGACGUGGGACAUGUGCAAGCAUAGCAUUCUUCGCACGGAUCUGUAAGUGGCACGACGACGCGAGGAAUCUCAGUCCGCAACAACCCAGAGAGCAGCAUGGUGCUCAUCUCCGACAUCUCGCCAGGUCCGUCUUACUUCCUCAUGAUGCAAAACCCUUGGAGCGACUAUGACCCUACCUGCGUCGAUCGACAUCAUGACAUAGCCAAGCGCAAUGCGGCCAAGCCACACCGCCGUUCGGUGAGUACCCACGAACACAAAUCCCAGAAACAAACCCGAUCGCAAUCGUUGAACCAUGCAGCAAUCCACUCCACCCUUCGCGCGCCGUCAGUACCUGCACCAAAGUCCCUCCCCACGAAGGAAGUCGCGGGUGCAUUCGCGUCCUUGCAGGUGCAUCCCAUGACGUCUGCUGCAAGUAGCACCCACCACCACGCGGACGACGACGACCGAAAGCACCCGUCAUCUCUGCUCGUACGUUCCAUGUCUGAAAAGCCGAUGAAAUCGUCGUCUUCGUCGCCGAUCUACGAAAUGCCCGAACUCCUUGGCGGCACUGCCGCCGACAUCUUGUCCGAUCCGAAGGUUACCAAGUACCUUGUUCCCAAGAUUGAAGCAUGCUUGCCCUAUCGAUUCAAGCACAAGAACUGGAAGCUGUCGUUCAGUCUGGCGCAGCAUGGCGCGUCCCUGCACACGCUGUUCCGCCGCGUCCGACGACAGGAAUCGACCAUUGUCGUCGUGGAAACCGAAGAUGGCGACAUAUUUGGCGGGUUUGCGACGGCGCCGUGGACGCCAUGCGGGCUGUACUUUGGCACGGGCGAGAGCUUUGUGUUUACAUGUCACCGCAAGUUUGAGAUGUUUCCGUGGACACGCAAGAAUUCGCUCCUGUUGUUCAGCGACGAGAACACGAUUGCCAUGGGCGGCGGGUCCGUUUCAUCCGUCCAUCCAUCUCAUGACCAACCUCAUGGAACGAUGAUUCUGGUGGAGUAGGGGCGGGUUUGCGUGGGCGCUGAACCACGACCUAUCUCAAGGCACGAGCACCCCCACGAUGACGUUUGACAAUCGGUGCUUGGCGAGUCGAUGCAACUUUGGCGUGGUGAACUUUGAAGUGUGGGAGUUUGCGUGCAAGUACCAGUGACGACCGCCGCAUAUGUGGUUGUACCUUUGUGGCUACGAACGAUAUAUAUAUAUAUAUAUAUAUAUUUAU